AUGUCGUUCUCCAGGAAUCCUAAUACCGGCCCGCCAAACGGUUCUUCCUUCCCUCAGUCCAGACACGACUCGUUCCAUGUCCCCCAGUCGCAUGCGUCUACGCCGGCCGGGUCUCCUCCCAGAACCUCCCAACACUCGAACAUAUCGGCUAGUUUCUCGACUAAUGGUGUGACCAACUCAAUGUCAAGGAGUAGCUUUGGCGGCUAUAAUGAUGGGAAUGGAUACAGACCGGUGGCAUAUCACGAUGGAUAUAAACCUCAAAUUUACACCGCCGUCUAUUCAAAUGUCUCGGUGUACGAGAUGGAAGUGAAUGGGGUGGCCAUGAUGCGUCGUCGCUCGGAUUCGUGGUUGAAUGCUACUCAGAUCCUCAAAGUGGCAGGUGUAGCAAAGGCACGCAGAACCAAAACUCUUGAAAAGGAGGUUGCUGCUGGUGAUCAUGAAAAGGUCCAGGGCGGGUAUGGCAAGUAUCAAGGUACCUGGGUCAGUUAUCAGCGUGGUCUGGAGCUCUGCAGGCGGUAUCAGGUUGAAGAUUUAUUACGACCGUUGUUGGAAUACGACAUGGGCCAGGACGGUGUCAGCGUGGCUGGACAGGGCCAACUAGACACGCCCACAAAGGAACAAGCCCUAGCUGUUCAGAGGAAACGAUUUGCACAAGGACUCGAUGGGCAGGGCGGUGGCCCACCACCCAGCGGCACUUUUUUCCAGAGUAUAUCUCGUACCGCAGCCACGGCAGUGAACGCAAUUAACAAAGCCAGGUUUGACUCGUCCUCUAUGAAGGGGAAUGAAGGACGUCAGCCAAGCAUGACAAGGAAGUCUUCACAAAUGAGUAGCCAGGAAGCACACUAUCCGUCGGCAAGCCAGCAGAGUAUGCAAACUGUUGCAUCUGAUAGUGGAUUUGGUAGUAACCUGCAAAACAGCCAACGCAGCUUCGUUGAGUAUGCCCACGAAGAAAACCUGGAGCCGCCUCGCAAACGAAUGCGGUCCUCGUCAACCACGCAACCCAUGUCGUUCAUUCACAAUAAUAUCCCUCCUGCAAGCUCCAUGACAGAGCCAACUCCCACUGAGCCUAACGACUCAUUCUAUCAACAAGCAGAAUCUACGAGUAAUAUAAUACCCGAUGACCCCAGACAUGGGAUACCUGCCCUACCAGCAGCGACUACUCCGGAGAGAUUCCAGAAAAUGAAACUUAUCAUGACACUAUUUUUGGAUAAGCGUAUGAAGGACUUCGCCAACCACCCUGCCUUUCUCACACUUACCAGUGAAGACCUCGAAACGCCACUCGAUGAAUUUUUGAAUAGUGCUCUGCAUUGGGCUGCUAUGCUUGCGCGUCUACCUCUUUUGAACGCCCUGAUAACCAAGGGGGUUAACAUAUUCCGAUUGAACGCUGCGGGCGAAACGGCGCUACAGAAAGCAGUUGGAACACGGAAUAACCUUGACUACCGCAGUUUCCCCAAACUACUAAACAUGCUUGGCUCAACUAUCGAGAUUAUCGAUCAACAUGGGCGCACAAUACUUCACCACAUUUCUAUGAUGGCCGCGACUGGCGGCGGAGGGCAUGUCGCUGCCAAGCACUAUCUUGAGUCUCUCCUGGAGUAUAUAGUGCGGCACGGCGGGACCACAAACGGGGCAAACGCAUUUUCGGAAUCCUCCAAAUUCGAAGUUAUCAGCUUGGGCAAAUUCAUGUCAGAGAUGGUAAAUAUGCAGGAUGAUCAGGGAGAUACUGCGCUGAACUUGGCGGGCAGAGCGAGGACAGUGCUAGUUCCACAACUACUUGAAGUGGGCGCUGACCCUCAUAUCCCAAAUAAUACAGGUCUCCGGCCUGCAGAUUACGGUGUAGGCGUUGAUAUGGUUAACGGGAACAGUCAGGGACUCCAGAUUGGCGACGGGAGUGACGCAUACUUGAACCAACUAGCGAGAGCUAAGAAGGAUAUUCUCGAAUCAACUGUUUCCCAGAUUAAUACAGCCAUCGAAGCUUCAAUAAGCUCAUUCGAUAAGGAGUUAGCUGGCAGCUUUAGCGAGAAGCAACAGGAGUUCAACCAGUGGCACUCUAAAAUCCGAGAAAGCGCGAAGGCCCGACAGAUUGAGCAAAAUCGAUUUGACGAGGUUAAGAGUAAGUCUCGAGAGCGAAUCGAGUUGCAGCGGCAAAUUCGAAACCUUUCUUUGUCAUCAGAGACUAUUUUAGAGGGGUUGCGGCAGGCAAAGAAUAGCGAGAAAUCCAGCGAGACAAUGGCAGGCAAGGACAGAACCACCUUUGACAAACAAAAACUUGACACUCUUUUCCCUGAUGGGCCAGGCCAUAGUGGUAUGGCAGUGAUCUCGGUGAGACAAGGAAAGUUCCUUUUCUCGUUACCGUCUGCCGAGCAACUGAGGACGCGCUUGAAGUGCCAUAAAGAGCAGACCGCUUCCAUACUCUCCGAAGUAGAGACACUGAAGAGAAAGAAUGUUGUUCUGGGGGAAAACUACAGGCGCAUGGUCAUGGCGUGUACGGGAUGGUCGGCCGAGGACGUUGACGCCGCUGCAGAUGGGUUGACGGAUUGCAUCAAGGACCUGAACCAGAACCCCGUACCGCAAGAGCAAGCCAUUGAGAUCUUGAUGAAAGAUCGGGGACAGGACUGGUGA